CUCCGCUACUCAUCACUUUUGUAGCCUCUGAGACCAAUUCAAUGAUCCCUAACAGUUCUACAACUACUUCAACUCCUGCUCCUCCAUACCCAAACCUCGAAGAUGCUACGGCUAUCUUGGCUUGGGUGCUUAACGCCAAUGCUGUCAUUUUUGACUUCACCACCGACCUUCCAUCCAAAGCAGCUGCUUAUGCAGAAAUCAAAAAGCUUGGUUUGGUGUUAGGUGCCUCCACUAUCCCUCGCUCUCGCAAUCCCAGGGAUAUGCUUAUUGAAGUUCGUUACAAACACGAAGAGUCCAUUGACUGGGCUAUUUCAGAAGGUGUUAUGUAUCACAACAUUAAUUAUCGUGCCACCAGAGCCAUAUCCGUGGACUCCGACAUAAUUAAGGUUAAUCUUCGUCAGUUACCAUUUAUUGAGGAGCAUAUCCUCCAAGCGAGUAUUCGAAACACGGUGCAGGACUAUGGACGUGUAUGUCAAAUAAGUCUCUAUGGCAAACCAACAACCAGCAUCUUCAAAGGAGAAACCACCCCAGACCCAAAUUAUUUGCCCAUAUUCGGACGCCGUACGGGCCUCUACAAGCUCUACGGAACAUACCCUGUGGCCUCUGUGGUGUCACGCCGUGCACACCGUAGAAAUUAUAAAUGGGAAGAUAUUAUCAGACAGUAUAACGAUGGAGAGUUGACAACGACAACUGCUCAACUGGCUGCGAUCUGUGCUCGCAUGAACGAGGAGCACCAGAAAAAGCUUGAAGAGAAGGUCAAGCGCAUGAACCAUAUGAUGGAGCAACCGGCUCCUAUGGAUCUAGAUGUUCGUCAGCAGCUUGGGAGAGCUUUCAGACGCGAGAUCAUAUCGGUUAACCACCGUGCUAGCGUGGCCAUGGGAUGGAAUGUCGGCACGCUCAUGUCUCCCCAGUUUGAGACCGAUUGGAUGCUUACUACACCUAUAGUCUCAUCUAGCCCUCGUUUGACCAGAAAGCCUACCAAAAAGAAAAGCACGGUUAAGGACCUCAUGAUUGAACUCUGUAACAACGAAGUCGACAAAAAUUUGACAAAGUUUCCGUGGAAAAGUUUCAAGAGGGUGUCAAACGGUGGGAUAAUUCGCUACAGAAAUGAAACAUUGGGGUGCGAAUUCACGGGUUUUGAUUUUGGCGAAAAGGCAGAUACUGCUUUGUGCCCGAGUGACAUACCGUAUAAGAGAUGGUCAGAGCUGUAUGAUGCCCUUAUCAAUGGCCAAAUUAGUUUUGAAAAGCUUUAA